CACUCCUGCUCUUCCUCUUCCUCUUCCUCUUCACCCCGCAACCCUUCCCUAUAAAUACUAUUCCUUUCCUUCACUUUCUCUCCCAUCGUCUUUUUCCUUCCUCUCUGCUUGCUUAAUUGGUUUUACCGCUGGCCAUUUAGGUCUAAUCCAAUCUUGUGCCAUUACCACCGGACGCAAACGAGAAAGCCGCAUCCUUUCGAUCUUCCUCUGGUUAUCUGUUCCGGAUUUACAGUCAUCGGGGCAGGAAUCGAGUGCCUACCCCGAUCGCCUCCUGGGAUUGAGGGUUUUCCACCCUUUCUACCUCCAAAAUCAGUGCUUGAUUGGGGAUGUGAUUGGCAGAUUACGCCUCUUUCCAAUAGGUCCAGGAUCCUUCGAAAUCUCGGUUUCUAGUGGGUUUUGAGGCUUUGAUCAUGCUUCCGACCCAUGUUUUUGAGCACUUUCUGUGUCUGCGCUUCUAUAUCUAUCUACUGGAACUCUUUGACAUACCAGACUCCAUAACUUUAUGAAACAAUAGAGUUGAUCUUGUUUUGAGCUUAUACCUUGUCCAUUUUUAUCUAUAUGUUUUAUUUCGGCAUUUCAUGGGAGGAGUAGAAGAUACUGAGCCACCCUCAAAACGCAUCAAAGUGUCCUCGGUAGAUUUGGAGAGCCUUUCAAAUAAUUUAUCAGUUUUAGCACAUAUCAAUCCUUGGGGAGGCCAAAUGGCCAGGCCUUUACCAUCCCAAGGGAGGGAAGACGUGAUUGGUUCCAAAGGAACCAUAAAAAAAGUUGAAUUUGUGAGGGUCAUUACAAAGGCUCUCUACUCUCUUGGUUAUGAGAGAAGUGGAGCAAUUUUGGAGGAAGAAUCAGGGAUACCCUUGCACUCUUCUGUAGUCAACCUCUUCUGUAAGCAGGUUCUUGAUGGAAACUGGGACGGAAGCAUGGUUACACUGCAAAAAAUAGGACUUGAUGAUGAAUAUAUUUUGAAGUCUGCUUGCUUUUUGAUUAUGGAGCAGAAGCUCUUCGAACUUUUGGAGAAGAAUAUGGUACUGGAAGCAUUGGAAACACUGACAAAUGAGAUAACUCCACUUGGCAUUAAGAAAAAACGUGUACACGAGCUUUCCAGUUGUGUUAUAUCUCCUUUGCAGCGUCUCUCCCUUGGGUUUUCCAAUGUGGGCAUAGAGACUUCAAACUCACGAAUGAGGCUUCUAGGCGAGUUACAGAAAUUGCUUCCGCCUUCAAUAAUGGUACCUGAGAGGAGGUUGGAGCAAUUAGUUGAACAGGCUCUUGAGGCUCAAAGAGAAUCCUGCUACUUGCACAAUUCUGCUGAAGGUUGUCUAUCAUUGUACACUGAUCAUCUGUGUGCAAAGGACCAGUUGCCUUCUCAAACCACACAGAUAUUGCAAGCGCAUGAUGAUGAAGUAUGGUUUCUAGAGUUCUCCAACCAAGGAGAAUAUUUAGCAUCAUCAUCAAAUGAUAAAUCUGCAAUUAUAUGGGAGGUUCAUGAAAAUGGGGAAGUCACUCUGAAGCACAGGCUAACUGGCCAUCAGAAGCCUGUCAUAAUGGUUGCUUGGAGCCCUGAUGACAGUCAGCUUCUAACUUGUGGAAUGGAAGAAGUCGUGAGGCGCUGGGAUAUUCACACUGGCAAAUGCCUCCAUGUCUACCAAAAGACUGGCCUAGGUCUGAUGUCUUGUGGUUGGUUCCCAGAUGGCAAACAACUGUUUUUUGGUGUUACUAAUAGAACAAUAUGCUUUUGGGAUUUGGAUGGAAAAGAAUUGUAUUCUUGGAAGGGGCAACCAACAAGCAAAAUUUGCGAUGUUUCUAUCACAAAGGAUGGUAGGCAAUUUAUUAGCUUGUGCAGUGAAACCACAAUUGUGGUGCUCGACAGGGAAACAAAAAAUGAGAAGCUGAUAGAAGAAGAACAAACAAUAACUUCAUUCUCUUUAUCAAAGGACAAUAACUUUUUACUUGCAAAUCUUAUAAACCAGGAGAUCCACCUUUGGAGCAUAAAAGAUGAUCCUAAGCUCAUUGCCAGAUACAAAGGCCUCAAGCGCUCUCGAUUUAUAAUAAGGUCUUGUUUUGGAGGACGUGAUCAGGCUUUUAUUGCUAGUGGAAGUGAAGAUUCACAGGUAUACAUAUGGCAUCGUGCCACAGGUGAUCUCGUCCAAUCUCUCGCCGGACAUUCAGGCACUGUCAAUUGCGUCUGCUGGAACCCAACGAACCCACACAUGCUUGCAUCCGCCAGUGAUGAUCUAACAAUUCGUAUCUGGGGAUUAAGCAGGGCUAACCUGAAGCACAAGGAGACCUACAGCAAUGGGAUCAUUCAUCAUUCCAACGGAAACUGCAAAUGAGCAAUGACGAAAACAGUGGAGUGCUGGUCCUCGACUUAGAGUGCACUGGCCGUGUAAAUGAUCCUUACCUUACUCAAUUGCUAUUUGCUGAUACGAAGUCUGACGGCUGUUUUAAUUUGUAAGGUUAUUUCUUUAUUGACACAAGAUGGAAGUCAUAUACAUGGUUCGUUUAUCUUGUAGGCAAUCUUUGAAAAUAGUUUUGUGCACUUUUAUUUUCCAUUUAUGUUGAAUGUUAAUUGGCGAGGUAAUUAUGAACUC